AUGAACGACGAUUCUAAUAACAAUAUGUCUUCCAGAGCCCAGAACAACCGCCAAAAUCCCGCUAGCCCAUUUUUCAUUCAACCAGGCGAAGGUGCUUCUUCUUCCUUAGUACCUGAUUUGCUGACUACGAAAAAUUACGUCACAUGGGUGAGGACAAUGCGCCAAGCUCUCAACAUCAAAAACAAGCUUGGAUUCAUCGAUGGGACCAUCACCAAGCCACAAAACACUUCUGAUCCCCUCUAUGCUCCAUGGGAGCCUGAAAGUGUUUGGAACGAUCUUAGGGAGCGUUUUUCCAUCCAUAAUGCCCCUCGGAUCUUCCAACUUGCCAAAUCAAUCUCAUCCUCCACACAGGAUUCAGAUUCCAUCAGCCGGUACCACAACAAACUCAAGACGUUUUGGGACGAGCUUGAGAUUUAUGAGCCCAUGCCAACCUGCACUUGUGGUGCGGUCAAAACAUUGCUCGACUACACCCACACCCAUAAGGUGAUGCAAUUUCUCAUUGGUUUAGAUGAUUCUUACGACUCUGUUCGUGCCCAAAUUUUGCUUCAGGAUCCUCUUCCACCUCUCAAUCGAGUUCUAUCGCUUGUCCAACAAGAAGAGAGGAGACGACAACUGCACUCUAUACCAGCUCCACUUGCCAUGGCCACCAAGACUUCAGAAAUUCGAAACUCACGCCGUGAACGACAUUUCUGCUCCCACUACAACAUUUCUGGACACUCGUUGGAGCAUUGUUUCAAGGCAAAUCCAAAUUUGCCAAUCUGCAACCAUUGUCGUAUACCUGGACACACAAGGGAAAAAUGUUACAAGCUGAAUGGAUUUCCAUCAGGACACAAGAACAAUUCGAAAUACAAAUCCAAUGCUAAUCAAUCUUCUCUUGCGUAG